UCAUAUUCAACAGUGGACUCUUGACAUCUGCGAGUUGAACAGCAUCUGACAGCACGGAGGCAAGUCAUGUUCACGUUUCUCCAUAGAUUAACCUGUGGCGCACGACAGCACCUUCUCUCAGACACAUGUUAACUUCACGGAGCUCUGACUCAGAGCUCCAAAGAUACUCCUGAAACGACAGCAAUAUAACGUAACUAAAAGGAGUUCAAACAACUUUGUCAGCAUCAUCUCUCCAGCACAAAGACAACAAGAGGGAUGGAGACACUAAACAACGUGGACAAGGAGGGGAUGGAACUGGAGGGAUCAGCCACCACGGCAGCUGUUACAAACACCACCCUAGAUGAGGCAGCCAACAUCACCAACAUUACCUUUUUCCCCUAUUAUCAGCACUCUCUGUAUGUGGCUGCCAGCUACAUUCUGGCGUAUUUCUUCAUCUUCCUGCUGUGUAUGGUGGGAAAUAUCCUGGUGUGUCUCAUUGUACUGAAAAACCAUCGUAUGCGCACAGUCACCAACCUCUUCAUCCUCAACUUGGCUAUCAGUGACCUAUUAGUAGGCAUCUUUUGCAUCCCUACAACACUGGUGGACAAUCUCAUCACAGGUUGGCCCUUUUCCAACUCCGUGUGCAAGAUGAGUGGCUUUGUGCAGGGAGUGUCUGUUUCGGCAUCAGUCUUCACGCUGGUGGCCAUUGCUGUUGAAAGGUUUCGCUGUAUAGUGUACCCUCUACAACCCAAGCCGACUGUACGUGUGGCCAAGGCAGCCAUUGUGUUAAUCUGGUUACUAGCUGUGGCGAUCAUGUGUCCUGCUGCUGUGGCACUGACUGUGGAGCAAGUUCCUUUCCACUACAUGGUGUACAAUGAUGACUUCAACCACACGCUCCCCCUGUACACCUGCUACGAAAACUUUGCCAACCCUCAGAUGAGAAAAGUCUACACAGCGGUUCUGUUUGCACACAUCUACCUGGUGCCACUCAACGUCAUCACACUAAUGUAUGGUAGCAUCGGUGUGAAACUUUGUUCCUCUGUUUUUGCAAACAGAGAGGCACAGCCGGCCAACGCCACAGGACAGGUUGAGGGUAGAAGGGCUGGUCAGCCAAUGAUAUCCCAGAAAAAGAUCAAAGUCAUAAAGAUGCUUAUCUUGGUGGCUUUGCUUUUCAUGCUGUCCUGGUUACCACUCUGGACCCUCAUGAUGAUGACUGACUAUGCAGGCUUGGACAGAGACCAGCUAGACCUUCUGACCAGCUACAUUUUCCCCUUUGCUCACUGGCUUGCUUUCUCCAACUCCAGCAUCAACCCCAUCAUCUACGGCUACUACAAUGAGAACUUUAAGAGGGGCUUUCAGGCUGUGUGCAAGUCAUGGAGGAGGAUAGCCAGGUGGGACAGGAAAGAAAGGUCUGUGCGAGGAACUCGCAGAGGUACUGCCACUAGGAAUCACAACCAUCUUGUUUUGGGACUGAGAAAUCGAGUCCAUAAUGACAAUAAAUUGACUGACACAGCAGACAGGAAUAGGAGUGCAAGGGUGGCUUCUGUGGUGGUCCACUGAGAGAGUAGUAAUGGUGAAGGGACCAAAUGUAGCCAUAGUAUAUUGCAUUAUAGUCCCAAGAUAGAGACAAUUAUCAAUCAUCUAGCUCCCCAGUUUUUGUCAAUGCUUCUGUGUAAAUCCAUAAAUUGCCCAUUCUCAGACAACCAAGGCAAACAUACCCUUGCUGUAGAUUAGCAUAACAUUGUACUCACCCCUGCAACGUAGAGACAACAGACAUUAGGCUUCACAUUAGAGUGAAACUAGCUGAGGAAAAAAAAAGGAUAAGUAACGUCAUUACUGCUCUCCUUUCCCUUGUCAGCAAAAGGAAAGGCUGAGCAUCCACAUGCUGGGUAUGAAGACUGAGGUUUAGUAAUGUAAGCCUCAAGAUACAAUGGCCAGUCAGUAUUAAUCUCAGGUAUAAAUAAUAAUAUGAAAAAUGAAAAGAGACAGAUGUAGACAUUGUUCAGUCCAAAGGUGGUGUAAUGUAAAGCCACACAUUGCCAGCUGUACAAAUCUCCUCCAUCAUAGGAUCCAUAAUCAGGUUGAGCCCUGUUUGAAUGGAAUUUGGAGAGAUUAUGUGUAGUUGUGUCAUUAUUGUUAUGUGUGUUCAUGCUGUUACACAGAAUGGCCUCAGCAAGGAGUAGCAACAAGCGUAGCAACCAUACCGCCAAAUCAGGCUACUUGCUUUUGCAACAUCUAUUGUAAUAUACUGAAUGUAUACUAUACGUUUUAUACUGCAAACCAUUAUUGACCUCAGUGUUUAAUUUAGUGUGAAAAUGAUGAUAAUCAAUGAAUCUAGUGGUCAGCCGACAGAAAAUGAAUUUAUCAGUUUAUUAAGAAAUAUAUUUUGAGACUGACUUAAACUGUUCAAACUGCUGACUGUAAAAAAAAAAAAGAGUUUAACAUUUACAUUAUAAAAUCAAGCAUACGGUGGAACCAUUCAUAUCUGUCAUUCAUCACAUAAAAUUAUUACAUUAUUAUUCUGCCUUUCUCUCCAUAAAAAAACUCUUUAUUGUGCAUUAAAGAUCAGUCCCUCACAGAAUUGUUGAAACAGGAAAUACAUCAUAAAGUAAUGAUACCCUAUCAUAAGACUAUCAUAAGACAAGUUUCAGCUGACAUGCCUCCUUCAACUACAUUACCACUCUCUACCCUAGAUUAGUUUACAGGUGGGCUGUUAACUUCAGAGAAACUGUAAAGCAGUAAAAUUACUGUGAAAUAGUUCUGCUAGAUGAUGCCUCUAUGGCAACGUCAUAUGAUGAUGGAUAUUGUAAUAUAUAGUAGUCACUGAAAGCAAUCUACCUUAAUCUAAUCUAUAAUGAAAAAA